AUGAUUACUGGCAGCACCGACGGUAAAAUAAUGGUCAGAAGAUGUCUAGUAACGUUCAAACCGUUCAGGAUAUUCGUGGUGGGAAUCGGCUUCUUCAGCCUAUGCUUUCUAAUGACCUCUCUGGGGGGGCAGUUCUCAGCCAAGAGACUGGGGGACUCCCCUUUCACCAUCCGCACAGAAGUGCUGGGAGGUGUGGAGUCUCGCGGUGUGCUGAGGAAGAUCAGUGACAUGUUGGAAGUGAUUCUGAAGAGGAUGGACAGUCUGUCCAAACUCGACAACACCUCCACCACCGACGCGAGGCGCCUGGAUGAGCUCAGCUCUGCCAUCAACAGGUUUCAACCAGCCGGACUGGUGGAGAAGAUCCAAGCGAUUGCCCAGAAUGUCUCCAACAUGGCCAUCAGGGUGGAGCAGAUACUGCAGAACAGCAUGGUGCAAGGCAGAGUCGUGAGAGACGGCACGUCGAGCCAGUGUGAAGUCCCAAGAGACCCCCGCUUUCCAGAGUGUCCUGGAAAAGUAGACUGGAUGCGUGCGAGGUGGACGUCCGAUCCUUGCUACGCCUUCUACGGUGUCGAUGGCUCCGACUGCUCCUUCCUCAUCUACCUGAGCGAGGUCGAGUGGUUCUGCCCCCCGCUGGCCUGGAGGAACCACAGCAGCCCCCCCACCCAGCAUACACAGCAGGCCAGACCCCCCAAGAGACAAGCCGCCUUCCGCACAGAUCUCUCCGUACUGCUGGACCAGGUCGGGGCCGGAAAGGAGUCCCUCAGCUUCAUGAAGCGCAGAAUCCGCCGCCUCACACAGCAGUGGGCGACGGCCGCCAACCGUCUGGAUGCAAAACUGGAGCAGCGGUGGAGGGACCAGAAGAAGAUCCUGGUCCAUGUGGGCUUCCUAACGGAGGAGUCUGGAGAUGUUUUCAGCCCCAAGGUGCUGAAGGGGGGACCUCUGGGUGAGAUGGUCCAGUGGGCUGACAUCCUGACUGCCCUCCAUGUUCUGGGACACAAUCUCAAGAUCUCCAUGUCUGUCAAGGAGCUUCAAGGGUUUCUCGGCGUGCCCCCAGGCAGAGGCAGUUGCCCACUCACUGGUCCGCUGCCCUUUGACCUCAUCUACACCGACUAUCACGGCCUGCAGCAGAUGAAGCAACACAUGGGACUCUCGCUCAAGAAACACAAAUGUCACAUCCGAGUGAUCGACACGUUUGGGACGGAGCCGGCUUACAAUCACGAGGAGUACGCCACCCUGCACGGCUACCGGACCAACUGGGGCUACUGGAACCUGAACGCCAGACAGUACAUGACCAUGUUCCCUCACACCCCAGACAACUCAUUCAUGGGCUUUGUUUCGGAGGAGCUGAAUGAAACCGAGAAGAGGAGCAUCCAGCAGAACAAAGUCAACAACAUGGCUGUGGUGUACGGGAAAGAGGCCAGCAUGUGGAAGCUGCAGGGUAAGGAGGGUUUCCUGCAGAUUCUCCACAGGUACAUGGAAGUCCACGGCACAGUGUACUAUGAGACCCAGAGACCUCCGGAGGUCCCUGCCUUUGUGAAGAACCACGGCCUGCUGCCCCAACAUGAGCUCCAGCAGCUGCUGCGUAAAGCCAAGCUCUUCAUUGGUUUCGGUUUCCCCUACGAAGGCCCGGCUCCUCUUGAAGCAAUCGCUAAUGGUUGCAUUUUCCUGCAGCCCAAGUUCCACCCGCCUCACAGCUCGUUAAAUCACGAGUUUUUCAGAGGCAAGCCCACGUCCAGAGAAGUAUUCUCCCAGCACCCGUAUGCAGAGCAGUACAUCGGCAGACCUCAUGUCAUGACAGUGGACUACAACAACUCCCUGGAGUUCGACUCUGCUAUCAGGGAAAUCAUGAGGACGAAGGUUGAACCAUAUCUGCCUUAUGAGUACACCUGCGAGGGGAUGCUGGAGAGAGUUCACGCCUACAUCCAGAACCAGGACUUCUGUGCCCCAGAGCCUCCCUUCAUUCCAGCCAACCUCUCCAGACAGGGGUCUGCUGGUGGCGGCAGGAUGACGGGACCUCCGUUCGUGCCCCUGCCCAACUCCACAGCCCUUAGCUGGGCAUCCAAUGUGACAGCUCCCACUGCGUGGCCUCCCCUCAGCUCCCUCAGGUUGCUUGUAUCUCAAGAGGGCCAGUCUUGCGUGGAGGCCUGCCAAUCAGCCGGUUUCAUCUGUGAACCAGCUCACUUCCGCUUCAUCAACAACAAGGAGGCUCUGCGCGGGUUGGAGGUGCAGUGCGAGGUGGUGGAUUCUGAGAUCAACCACAUCCUCCCGGCCUUCUCCGUGGUGCGACGGGAGUGCGGCCUUCAGCGGGAACCCCUACUCUUCAGCUGUGCAGGACACUCCCCUAAAUACAGACGUCUUUGCCCCUGCAGAGACUUCCGCCACGGGCAGGUGGCACUGUGCAGAGACUGUCUAUAAUGACGGGACACUUGAAGGACAGAUACAAAAGAAGUAGACGCAGAUUGGUGGGGAGGAAGGGAUGCUGGUAAGGCAGCCACAGGCCAGAACAAGUGUAGGGCUGUGACAAAUUAUCUGAUGCCGCAGAGGUAGCCUCUGCCUGAAACAGCAAAUGUAAGAUCACGAGGAACAGGCUUGCAUGGAUUUGAAGAGCUUAAGCUUAGGUACCUGCUGGGUUGUAAGUGAGGAUUGUGAAUGUCUGUAGUUGUUAUACUGCAACAGGUUGGAGACAUAGAGCAGUAAGACUUUCUAGGACAAGGAGAGGUAUAAGCCCCUGAGGACAAAGACUGGGUUACCGCUCGCCAAGCCUUUACAAUUUCACAUUAACCCCCGUAAUUACAGGAUAAUAGUUUCUACAAGGCGCCGAUCGAUGAUAUUAUACACAACAUUUCAUUUUGAGGACUGCAUCACGGAAAAAUAAUGGGUCUAAGUUGGAAAAUAUACACUUAAAGAAGUGUGGCACUGCAGAGAAACUGAUUACUGGGACUAUAGUGUCAUUCCAUGACAGAGUCUUCAAAUAUCUUGGCUUGGAGAAGGCAACCUCGGGUCAAUAUCCAAUCUCCUCUCUGCACUUGGACAAAGGAUGAUGGACAACCAGGUUAUCUCGCAAGCUUCUUUUUUUCUCCCCUCCUCCUCCAAUGACGGACAGAGCCAUCUAUCAGACUAAACCCCAAGUCUGAGGCAACAUCAGUCAAUGCAAUCAUCUCUGGUCAGAAAAUGAAAGAGAAGAAGAGAGGACAAAGAUAAAGGGCACAAGAUUAUUUUUCAAUAAAUAAGCCUUUAGAGCUCUCAACUGGAUUUUUAAAGAGUCCUCAAGGCUUUGUGAUGGAAAAAAUCAUAAAAUAAAAUAAAUAAAAAUCUGAAUGGA